AUGGAUAGUUCAACCACAGGAGGAGGCCCCCUCUCGAUGGUGAUUUCCGAUGACGGUCUUUUUGCAGCCCAUCUCAACGCGAAAGGCCUGAUAAUUUACUCGGACGUUACUUCUGAAUAUAAAGAGGCCCAAACAUCAAGAAUUAAAGAGAACAAUGUCAAGGCUCUCAAAUUCUGCUCAACAAAAUCUUUGAGCAGCAGCGGAUCAAAACGUCAUUUGCUAAUUGCAAACGAAUCACGCGUCUCAAUUUGGCAGUUACUACCGUUACAACUAGUCGCCGAGAUCGAAAAUAUCGAGCCUGGCGCCUUGAAUAUCGAGUUCGGUGGAAAUGAUAGCGAAGUAAUCGUCUUCCAUGCAUGGAAUACUAAGAUGGCAGUUCACUCAAUAGAAGAUGGCAGAACUUCCGUGAUCAAAACUCCCAAAUCUGCACACCCUCUUGGAUUUGGGUUUCGCCCUGACUCCAAUCAACUUGCGAUUCUUUUAAAGCCCGAAACUUCUGAUAUACUCACCAUCCACCACCCUUCAUCCUACGAGCUUCUCAAUCGUGCAGUACUCCCGACUAUUGACGCACAAGGCUUGAAAUGGAGCCCAGAUGGGAAAUGGAUUGCUAUAUGGGAUACCGCUAGCUCGGGCACCAAGGUGAUCGUACUUACUGCAGACGGUCAGCUGUUUAGGACUUAUAAUGGACCAUCGGGUGUGGACGAGGCGUUUGAUCUAGGCGUCAAGCAGAUUGAAUGGAGCCCUGCAGCUGGUCCCGACGGGACCUCAGACGUUCUCGCCGUGGGCAAAGUCAACGGCAAUAUUGAUCUUUUGCGAACUCGUACCUUCUCAUCUUCCACCACACUAUCUCAUGUAUUUCCUACCGACCAAAACGCUCCAGUCAUCUGGCGCGAGCGACACCUAAGUGCUAUGGGCGACGCAGAAUAUGCAGAGACGACAAGCUCAUCGGCAUUAAAUAUGAGCCCCGAUUUACCCGGUCCGCCUCGAGGCGUAGCAAUCAUGUCAUUUAGCCCCGACGGAAAUCUUCUGAGUACCGUUGACACCAUGCGAUCGAAUGUGGUUUGGAUAUGGGCCUUGGACGGUAGCCCGAGAUUGGCCUCUGUCUUGGUACACGAACAGCCAGUAAGACAAUUGGUCUGGCAUUCUUCUACGCCCCAGCUCCUCAUCAACACAAUCACCAAUACAUUGCCCUCGGUGCGAUGGUGGUCGCCGCAAAGUCACCCUGUAAUCGCCCGGGUCCCGACUCACAGAAAUGAAAGUGGGAAAUACGAAGUGAAAUGGUUGGCGGGAUCCGAUAAUGACUCGGUCUUUUGGUUUGGCUCAUCAGAAGAAUAUGUCGUGGGCUACCUCUCUGCCCAGGAACAGUCUGUGCAAUUUGAAGUAUUGAACUCCUUGACAAAUCAGGGAAAUGGAAACCAUUCUGGCAGUCUAAGUCGGAACUAA